GGCCCGUCUCGAAGUGGUGCUGUCGCACUGGUUUGUUGUCAAUUGCGUGCGCUGUUUACGCGGCGGCAUCAAGAUACAUUUGCGUUAUGGUUUUCUUUUUACUUUUCUCGUGAGAGCUGCUACCUAAAAAUUUGAAGACAAAACAGGAGAGCGUUAUAAAAUGCUUACGCUCAGCAUGCAGUUAUUCAUUUCUCAUACGAACUACAAGCUGAAAGGUUGUGCGCACAAAUUAUAAACGAAAGUUACUUCGAGAAGAAUUACGUGAAUUUCAAGAUUUUUUUUAAGACGUGAUUGUAAAGUGAAAAGUAUCAAAAACACUUAAAACCAAAAAGAAAAAGUUUUUUGAAAUAAAACUAAGAAGUGAAUAGUUCUAGUGGAAACGAAAAGAUUUACAUUUAUUGAAAACAAUUUAGAAGACUGUUUCUAAUUACAAAAAAAAAAAAAAAUAACUAAGUGAGACCCACGUCGCACAUCAGUCCCGAAAUGGCUCACGCUUUCUACAUACCAAAUCAAGCGGCCUUAUUGAGACGCACCUAUCUGCAGGAGCAGGAGCAGGAGCGGCAACGAGAUGACUGGAAAACAUUCUGGCGUCUCCUGCUGACAAUAUUCUAUGAAUUAUUACAUCAAUAUGUGCUGUUUGAGCGGCGUACUAUGGGCAGUUGUCGACCAACGAGAUUUCUAUAAUCCAAACCGCAAACUAGCCAAACAAAAAAUACAAACCACCAAACAAUUUUAAUAUAAAAAAUAAAUAGUUUAAAUUUAUUUUUAAUCCUAUACUACGCGUCGUGACCGUAAUGUAUUACAU